AUGACUGCACAGGCCGGAGACAUUAGGACAGUCACGGUCCACAGCCGAAGAUCGUAUAGGAGAGAUGAUGGAUUUUCCAAUAUGGGACUUACUACCCUAUCUGCUACAACAAGACCAAAGUCUAGUUACGAAAUUAGAUCUUUGCAAAAAAUUGCCGAUGAUUAUAUGGCUCAAAAAGAAGAAAGUGAUGCCAUAUAUGAAGUUGAAAAGUUCCAAAAUAAAAAAGCAGGGAAAAAUCAAUCCCUGAAAAAACCUAAUCUACCAAUGCCAGAAGGUGUUGAUUUAGAUAUGCUCAACAAUUUCGAUGACAGAUUUACAAAAAAUUCUCCACAGCGCCCAUCAACAUCUUUCAGACCAAACAGGAAUAUUAUUCAGUAUUGUCCUGCCUGCAAUCCAAAGGAAGAAGAUAUUGAGCAUUUACAUCACUCAACAAUUCAUAUUCCUCGUGGGGGUUGUCAUUGGCAGCUUUUGGACAGCCCAGAGGAACCAAAACGCGUUUUACCACCAUUUAAUCAUCAUUUCAGCAACAGACCAUUCAUUUAUCCAGCACGCCAUAUUGGCCAACCUGGUAUCCAAGUGCUCAUCGAUGAUUUAGUUGAAUCUCGUGAAUAUAAUCAAACUAAAUUCGAAAAUACAGUUACCAACCGUCGUAACAAAGAAAAAGAAGAGUUUAAUGAAACUAUUAGGAAUAGAGUUGAUAACCAUCACGAAACUAUUCAAAAAUUCCACUCUAAAACCAAAGAUCUUGCUCAUCGCUCUGGACAACUCAAAGCAGCGGCCAAAUUAAUCAAAAAGAAGCGUGAACUUGUCAAAGAAACGCCAAUUGAUCCAGAAGAUAUUGAUGCAAUUAAUCAAGUGAAUAAAUUCGAUGAACAGCUUUGGUCUGACUACCAAAUCAAGAGAAAACAUGAAAGCUUGUCUUCUCUCAUCACUUCUGAUAGCCGUGCUCAGCUUCUACAAGGUACAGCACUACUUUAG